CCCCGGGGGCGGACGGACGGAGCCGCAGUACGGCGGGCGGCCUUGAGGGCAUCGCCCGGAGCGGAGCGGUGAGCGCCCGUCAUGCUGCGGCUGAGCUGCGCGCUGCUGCCCGCACUGCUGAUACUGAUGCUGAUGCUGCUGCUCGGCCGCGCCGCCACGGCACCGGAGGAGUAUGGGCUAGAAAUCACCAACAAUGGUCCCAUCACAACAGGAGCUCAAGCUACUGUUCACGCCACUCUGAGGGUGAAGAACAACAGCGCUGUAUCAAACUUGUAUCACUUCAACUGGAUUUAUGCUCCUCUGAUCCUGAUAGCGAAAUCCGAGCAGCGGUUUGACUCUGUCAUUAAUGUGACUGGUGAAUUUCCUGGGACUUUUCCCGUAUCUGUCUGGGUGACUCACAGAAACUGCUGGUUAUGUCGGCCGGUUGCAAGGAAUGUCACCAUGCUUCAGAUCACAGAAUUUGUCACAGGGAAUCUGACCAUUGCACAGAUAGAAGAUAGCAGAUUUAGCAAGCACGGUUCUAGCUCUUCUAUGGGUGCUGUGACACGGAUUUCUUUCUGUCUUCAUGAUCCAAGUGAUUACUUCAAGUCAGCUUCAUUUGUCUACAACUGGGAUUUUGGAGAUGGAGUUUAUCAGAUUACCAAGGAGCCCUUUGUCUACUGUAACUACUCCACCAUGGGGAAUCGCACAGUGCAUCUCAAAGUCAUAGCAGAAUGGGAGCAAAUUGGAAGCAUCAUACACGAAACAGAAACUGUGCAGAAAACUGGUGAUUUUACCACUGCUCUGGAGCUGCUGGAUGCUGUUAAAAGCAUUAACGUAGUGGGCUCCAGAGAAACUCACGUAAUGGAAAACUUGAGUCUAUCACUUCAUAUCAAUGGCACCCCACCACUAGCAUUAUGCUGGCUUAUAAAGUCUGAGUGCAUCCCACUAGAAGGCGAAAAGUGCCAUCUGGUGGUGAUAACCGGCUCCUGCUACAACCUCAGCCAUACCUUCAGUGAUGCCGGGCAGUACUGCCUCAGCGUCCGAGUGCAGAAUGGCGUGACGAUGCUGCAGACCUACCAUGAAAUAAAAGUAUGGCCAACAGUGUAUUGUAUCACUCCUGGAAUGUCCCUUGUGCUCUUUCCCAGGGAUCCAGCCAGCCUUCUUUGUCCUGCUGUGCAUCGCCCUGGUUUCAGUGACAGUAGGACUGGUGCUUUACGUGACCUUUCGAAGUAGCACACAACAGAAAGACCUUGUGGAGGUAGCUGACUUUGACUUUUCUCCGCUGUCCGAUAAAAGCCUGUCUUCUCAUUCAGAGUCAGGCUGUGGCCAAGUAUGUUGCAGAUCAUGUUUUCUUCGAUCAUCUCAAGAAGCUGCCAGGGAGAGUCAUGAAUUUCUACUUUCUUUUUACAAGCCAGUCAAAAUGUACACGGUGUGAAGAACACAGCUGCACUUUGGUUACACUAACUCCAACUUUAACUUUCUCACAUGUGAUGAGUUACAAGCCCAGUGCUGCACGGUUUCUUUUUGCCAAUGCUAUGAGGUAAACCACUUUGCUAAGUCCAGCACUUGAGUGUCUCAUUAUGUAAUCUGAAAAAGAAGGAGCCUGAAACACAGCAAAAUUUUGUAUUUUUAAAUUAUAUGGAUGUAUACAUUUACAGCUGUGAAAGCAGCAUUUUAUUCGUAUGAAGGAUUAUUUUAUGCAGUUUGCUAAACUCACUACCUCUUGUAAUUUCUCUUUGCCUUCUGCUAUGUGUUUCAAAAAAAGAAAGUACUUAAAACAAACA